UUAAAAAAAAAAAAAAAAAUUGUUAACCUUCACUCCUUUGGGAGUCUGAGUACUAGAGGAGGAAGUGAAGAGAAUUUCAUCAGUGUCUAAAAUUACGUUCUAUUUGAGAAAUUUGAAAACUGUGAAGUAAGAUGCCACUACUUUGGACCUCUGAUGUGAUGCCUAGAAUGGAGAUAAAAAGUUAGCAUAUCAUCUGUAAGUGAUUAUUAGAACCAUGUGGGUAACUGAGUGAAGAGGGCCUAGGAUGAAGUCUUGGAUACUUAAUGACCAGGUUAGAGGAAGAUGAAUCUGCAAAGAAGAUCCAGAAGGAGUGUCCAGGAAGGGAGGAAAGCAAGAGGGAAAGAUGCUAGAACCACAGGAGAAUGGCUUGAUUGACCUACCAGAUUAUGAGCGUAUAGAAGAUGAAACUUUUCCUCCAUUCCCACCUCCAGCCUCUCCAGAGAGAGAUGGUGAAGGAGCUGAACCUGGUGAAGAAUCUGGGAGAGGAGCACCUGUUCCUGUACCUCCAAAGAGAACAGUUAAAAGGAACAUACCCAAGUUGGAUGCUCAGAGAUUAAUUUCAGAGAGAGGGCUUCCAGCAUUAAGGCAUGUGUUUGAUAAAGCAAAAUUCAAAGGUAAAGGUCAUGAGGCUGAGGACUUGAAGAUGCUAAUCAGACACAUGGAGCACUGGGCACAUAGGCUAUUCCCUAAACUGCAGUUUGAAGAUUUUAUUGACAGAGUUGAAUAUCUGGGAAAUAAAAAGGAAGUUCAGACCUGUUUGAAACGAAUUCGACUUGAUCUACCUAUUUUACAUGACGAUUUUAUUAGCAAUAAUGAUGAUGUUGGAGAAGAUAAUGGCCAUGAUGUAACUGCUACUGAAUUAGACCCCUUUUUGACAAACUCAUCUGAAAGUGCAAAGUUUGCUUCUGAGUCAAGUAGAAGCCUAACAGAAGAACAACAACAAAGAAUUGAGAGAAAUAAACAAUUGGCCUUGGAAAGAAGACAGGCGAAGCUACUGAGUAAUAGUCAAUCUCCAGGAAAUGACUUGCUAAUGAACACACCCAGCGCACAAACACUUGAAAAGGAUAAUAAAGGUGAGGAUCAAAAAGAGGAAGAAUCAAAUGGAUUUAACAAAGAACUUCUAGACAGUCCUCAUAAUGAUGCUGCUGCCAAUACUGUAAAUGAAGAGGAGGACUUAAAUAUAGAGAUAACACAACUGGACCAAUCCUUUUAAAAGGUACAACAGUAACUUAAGUCAUCUAGAAAUGUUACUGCAGUUCGAUAGACCUCAACUGAGAAAAAUCUAUUAAUUUACUAUCUUUAGAAUUUGAGAUGACUACCACUCAUCUGCUUUACGUAAAAAUCCUUAUUUAGUGAAACUUUUAAAGAUUCGUCUUUAAAAUCUGGUAUUGUAUAUAAUGAUACUUGUUUCUUAUUAACUUUCAUUCAGUCUAUUUAUUGUCCUUAGUGUUUAUUUUUAUAAUAGGCAUGACUUUGUAAAAAUGAUCGGUAGUUAAUAAUAAGUAGCUUCUGCUGCUAGUGUGCCAUUGAAUGCCCUGUUUUACUAAAUUGGGUGGUGUUUUAAGUUGUAAAUAUAUAAAAAUAUUAAUGUUCUUUUUCUAAAAAAUAAAAAUUCCACACACUAUCCCUAGAGGCUUUAUAAAAAUUUCUUACUGCUAUUUAUUUA